CUUUAGCUUUACAACAGUAACGAAUAAAAUGUGGGCACACGUAUUCCCUCUCCUUCUGACCAUCUUCGUCUUCCCUCAACUCCUACAAUCUCAGGACGAUGAUUUUUCUCGUCAACCUCCUGGGCAGAUCAUUCGCACCGGACAUGAUCGAUCUCACUCCGAUCCUCAACAGGUUCAUAUAUCACUGGCAGGAAGCGAUCACAUGAGAAUUACAUGGAUUACUGAUGACAAACACGCACCGUCGAUCGUGGAAUAUGGAAAGGAAAAAGGGAGAUAUGAUGAAAGCGCAAGGGGCGAACACACAUCAUACACUUACUUCCUCUAUAGCUCCGGCAAGAUUCACCAUGUCAAGAUCGGACCGUUGAAGCCCAGCACUACCUAUUUCUACAAGUGUGGAGGUUCAGGCCCGGAAUUCUCCUUCAACACACCUCCUUCGACAUUUCCCGUUGAGUUUGCCGUAGUUGGCGAUCUGGGACAGACUGAAUGGACUGCAUCAACCCUAUCACAUGUGGAUAGCAGCGACUACGACGUGUUUUUGUUACCUGGAGAUUUAUCUUACGCCGACGGCCACCAACCUCUUUGGGACUCCUUUGGACGCCUAGUUGAGCCACAGGCAAGCCGCCGCCCAUGGAUGGUGACAGAAGGGAACCACGAGAUUGAGAUCUUACCCAACAGUAAUCCCUUCGGCUUCACGGCUUACAAUGCCCGGUGGCUGAUGCCGUACGAAGAGAGUGGCUCAACCUCAAAUUUAUAUUACUCGUUUGAAGUUGCCGGGACUCACAUCGUAAUGUUAGGGUCUUACACGGAUUUUGUCGUCGACUCGGCUCAGUACAAGUGGCUUGAGGCUGAUCUGGCUCGAGUUGACAGGAAGAAGACCCCAUGGAUUGUUGUGCUUUUGCAUGCGCCGUGGUAUAACACUAACACAGCCCAUCAAGGUGAAGGAGAAGGCAUGAGACAGGCAAUGGAAGAGUUGUUGUAUAAGGCACGGGUGGAUGUGGUUUUUGCUGGGCAUGUUCAUGCAUAUGAACGAUUCACUAGGGUUUAUGAUAACGAGGUUGACCCAUGCGGUCCGGUGUAUAUUACUAUCGGUGAUGGAGGAAACCGCGAAGGACUUGCACUAGAGUUCGAGGAGCCUGCUUCUCCUCUGUCGUUGUAUCGGGAACCAAGCUUUGGGCAUGGACGGUUGAGGAUAGUGAAUGAAACACAUGGAUAUUGGUCAUGGCACCGCAACAAUGACUUGGACGCAUUUGUGGCGGAUGAAGUCUGGUUAGAAAGCUUAAGCACGUCUAAAGCAUGCUGGGAUAUUGUGGAUAAGCAAGCACCUCCUAAUGAUGAACUCUAAUUAAUUAAGCAACCAAGACUAUCUAAUUGUAUAUUAUUUCAACUCAAGGGAUGAGACCAUAAAUAAUUUGUGUAAAUAUUUCUUCUAAUUUGUUGAUGUUCCAUGCAUGCUUGUUAAGUGCUUAUUAAUUAAUGUCUAAACCUUAAUAAUUAGUAAUUCAUUGGCUCUGUUGUUCUUGUA